AUGAACAACCUCCCUCGUGCUGGUGCUCGGAAGGAAGUGCGCUGGGCCGACCUCGUAGGCUCCGUCGCGAACUCUCCUACGGAAGUUGGAGCAGCGACGAGCAUUGAGGAGGCUCCCACAGACCACACUGCAGCGACCACCACGGACAUUGCGAGGUAUGUGCAUACCCGGGUGGUUUACGAGGAAAUUGAGGUCAACUCGAGCGAAAGUACUCCUACCAGCGAGCCCGUUCCGUCUGCGCCACUCAUGCGCACCGUCGAACUACCGCCCCUUCUCGCUCCGCAGACAAGCUCAGUGCACGCGUUGCACCAGGUCUUGACCUCCGCGCAGUAUGCAUGGGACGUGCGCACGCUGCGUAUGCCCAACAUCAACGACACGGUGCUCGACGAGCCCGCCUUCCUAUUCACGCAGGAGGUGAAGUCGUUCGCGAUCAGCCUCCAUCCCCAACCGUUCACCACUGCGUACGACGACACCGUCGUGGUGAUCGCCGAGUACGAAGGCGAACCCAUCUCGGUGCGCCAGGUCUUUGCCCAGAUGCUCGCUGCCCUGUACAAGCCUCUGGAGGAGCACGACCUCCCGAGCGUCGACGCCCUCAGGCCGCACGCUGAAUGGGCAGCGACCGUCCGCGCCAAGCACACAUCUCGGCGUGAUGUCCUGCGCAACGUCGAUCUGUACCCGGCCGAACGUCAUCGCCCUGGGCUGUGGUUCCAUGGGAUCAAUGUUGAGGAGGACACGCAUGGCCAUCCUCGGUAUGAGGCCGUCUUCUGUCCCUACUCUCCCAUCACGGAAAGACAGGCGUAGCGUAUGUAUUCCCUGCCCCAAUAAGCCUUCUCUAUCGAUGGCUACAGCUACAUC